AAGCGCGUUCGUUAUAUUGAUAUAAGCUCAUCACUGAUAAAGGCAAGGCAUAAAGUACGUGCUUAUCAGUGAGGCCGUGGGAGAGUACGCACUCGAUGUGCCUCGAUCUUCCUUUCCUGAGUUCGACUCCCUACAGCUCGAAUCACAAUGGGCCUACAACAUUAUCAGACAGUGUUCAGAAACACACAGCUAUAUUUACUCUUCUUGUCCUCGGUCAAAUUUUAUCAGCUAAGUGGUUGUGUGAUAAAUCAUUCUAAUUUCCUCUUGCAUUUGCAUGGUAUACAACACCAAUUUUGCAUCUCUUACUUGAUUGGCUAACACACCCGAUUUGCCCUUAUAUAAGCAAGCUUCGAGGCCAAGUAUUAAGUUCCUGUUACACCAAAGGAUGUGGUGGCAGAGGUUCAUCGGAUGAAGUCACUAGAGAUCUCACUUUUGAAAACGUUCGACAGCGUCGCAUAGAUCAACAAUGAAUAUCUCAAACGUGUCGCAUCACGGUAACACAUCAGGGUUGGACUGCCCUGAAUUCAAGGAAACACCGCUUACUCAAUUUUUCAAGACUUCGGCGUAUGUAUUGAUCAUCGUGUUGUCGUUGGUGGGUAACAGCACAGUGAUCUACGUUGUCCUCAAUCACAGGGCGCGCUCAAUGACGGAUACCUUCGUCGCCAAUCUUGCAGCUAGUGACAUCCUUAUCACUUUUACUGGAAUGCCCAAUAUGAUUACCGAACAGUACAUUCGCCACUGGGUUUUCGGACCGAUCGUUUGCAAGCUUGUGGUAUACCUACAGAGCGUAUCGGUGGCCAGUUCUGUUCUCACCCUGCUGGCGGUUACUAUAGAUCGCUUCAUCUCUAUUGUGUUCCCGCUUCGCGGCCGCAUCGCGUUAAGUAAGGCCAAGUACAUAGUAGCAGUUACCUGGAUAAUUUCCUUAAGCAUCAUGGCGCCUCUUAUUGAUGCCCAGAAAGCCAAGCAAUUCCCAGACGGUAUGUAUUACUGCAUAGAGGAAUGGCAACCGCCUUUUAACCCCCUCGAGGCGCCCAAGAGCUUCACGGUACUUCUGUUCGUCGUCAUGUACGUAGCGCCGCUUCUGACGAUGGCGGUUCUGUACUGCGCCAUAUGUCGGACCCUAUGGAAGCGCACAUCUCCGGGCGCUAGAAUCACAAGGACAGAAACACACCUCCAAAGGUCACGCAAGCGUGUUCUUAAGAUGCUACUUGCUGUCACGCUGCUGUUCGCAGUUUGCUGGCUUCCUCUGUGGAUUUUCCAGUUUAUUAUGUUUUUCUCUCCGCAGACUUUCCCAUGCUUCAGUAAGCCCUUUUACUUCGUCAGUUUGUUUCUAGGCCACUCCAACAGUGCAAUCAACCCCUUUUUGUACUCCUUUUUUAACGCUAAUUUUCGGGAAGGUUUUCGGCGGGCCUGUGGUUGCUGUAGACGACAGCAUCGUGUUUAUCCCGGACUACUAGUCGCUUGCUCAAAUCGAGGCGCAGCUCGCGCUGCUGAGGACUCCCAAAUGAGACCAACUCACCAGUUAGCGACUGUACCCAGGCCAUGACGGAUGUCCUAGGAGAGUUGCACUGAAAAGUGUGGGUUUAUUGCAUCUCCGGUGAGGGUUCUUUUUCGUCCCUUCAGGUCAAUGCAGUGCAGCUUGAAAUGACGGGACAUCUAGUUUAGUGUCCUUAUCCGAGAAGACUGGAAACACCGGAGAAUAACCUCAACUCACCUGCGAAACAAAUUCAAAUAAAAGCAGGAACCCGAAAAAAUCGCCAGUUUGAGCCAGGAUUGAACCUGGGCCACGGCGGUGAGAGACCGCUAACACACUAGGUCACCCGUUAUCCCAAAAAUACGAGCUUAACAUCUGGCCAGGUAGAAAAAGCAGACGUACUUUUCAUACAUCAAAAAUCAAACAUUUGCUCUCAUGCUUUCUAGCGAUUCGAAAGUCAUGACAAGUUAGUUAAGAUUUUACCCAAUGAUUAAAAGUGGUUUCAAGAAAAGUUUGAUAUUCGAAAUCGGUAUUGGGGGCUUUAUUUAUAGACAUACAAAUUUCCACCACAUCCGCCUCACAUUUUUAGCAAUAUUGUAUAUCUUUUUUAUUUCUGUUGUAUUCUCGGUUAAAUCUAGAUCCGUAGAGUGUUUCAAAGUGCAAAGUACAGGAGUGAUCCACCAGACAUUUAAAAAUGUGAUUAAAAGGUACAUUAUAUGAUUCCUAACUUUUUUCUACCCUUACUGGGCCGACCACCCGUGACCAAAAAAAUCACACUUUCUUUUAUACAAUAUGUUUGAACAUUACUUGACAGGAGCAAUAAAACGGCACAGGCGCCCGUUUCUCGAAACACCUUUAGAAUUCUCGGGCCCGAGAACUUUAUUUUGCAUUUUUGCCCAAAAUUUCGCAUGUUUUCCUUUUUGAGAACCGCUUUCAUGUUUUAGAACAGUUUGAACUUCCUCUUGGUUCAUAUUCCAAAUGAUUUCGCUCAAUAAGGCUAUUUUCGAAGUUUUGCUGGAGCCAGAAAGUUACCCGAAAAGUCUCGGGUGACUGCGUGGUCCCGAGAACGUUCUUAAUAUUUAAGUGUGAAUUUCGGGCCCGGGAAGUUCGAGAAAAAUACGAUGUUUGACGAUAUUUCAACACAUUUAGAUACCAUAAAUUUUAUAGAAAUUAGCCAGCUUGCUUUUCAAAUUUAAGGAAUUAAUCGUUUUCGGGCCCGAGAAUUCUCGGGUGUUUUGAGAAACGAGCCCCUGGACUCCAAGGAAUGACAGGGGACUAGCCAGGCUCUUUAGAGGAAGGCGAAGCUGGUCUUUUAGUAUGGCCCGAAGGCCAGCACACAACUACAAAUCUAUUCUUGCAGUAUUUAUACGCUAGGACCAGGAGCACAACCCAUAUGGUCUUCCA